AUGGCGAAUACAAGCAAGCGUUCUCCUGGCAAGGAGCAACCCGCUGAGGUCAAGGGCGUGGCCACAACCGUCGACAUAACCCCCCUUCCUAACUUGGACAGCGAGGCAAGCCUCCCGCUCUCCUCUACCGAGCUCGAGUACGACUUUACCUCGGACGAGUUCAAGAGCAUUCCCGAGCUAGUACGGACAGUCGUCGGCUUUGAGGACGAUCCAUCCACUCCCGUCUUGACCCUGCGUGCUAUUCUUCUUUCCUGUAUUUUCUGCAUACUCGGCAGUGUCGUCUCGCAACUAUCCUAUUUUCGCACAACAUACGCACCGUUUCCCGUCUUCUUCGUAAUCCUCGCUUCUGAUCCACUUGGGCGCCUUCUCGCGCGGUUUCUGCCGCACUACAAGGUGCCUCUGGGCCGGUUCUCCUUCUCCCUCAACCCGGGCCCUUGGUCAAUCAAGGAACACGCGAUUGUUGGUAUUGCUGCCAAUGCCGGUAGCCAGGGGCAAUGGGCUACUUUCUUGCCGACCAAUGCGGCAUUGUACUAUGGGAUUACCAUGAAUCCUGCCGUCGCACUGUUCUUUGGAUGGGGCGCCUCGUUACUCGGAUUCUCGUUCGCCGCGAUGGUCCGCACCAUUCUCAUCGACGACCCCGAAUUCAUAUUCCCUCUGUCACUGCAACAAGUGACACUCUAUAGAAGCAUGGAUGCACAGAAUACAUCGGCAAAGACAAGGGCGCGACAGCAGAUGAAGGGAUUCUGGAUCCUAUUCGGAGCGACCUUUGUCUGGCAAUUUCUCCCAGAGUACCUGUUUCCGUUUGUUGCGUCCCUGGCUCCACUCUGCUGGUUCGCCAGUCGCAACCAUACUGCCAACUUUAUUGGAGCCGGUCGCGGUGGAAUGGGCCUGCUCAACAUCACCCUUAACUGGUCCAACAUCACCUCAACCGUAGUCACGUACCCUUACCACGUGCAAGUCAUCGUCUUUGUGACAUUUGUCAUGACGUGUUGGAUAUUAAUCCCAAUUGCCUACUUUGGCAAGCUCUGGGGAUCUCCGACAUACCCUAUCAUGUCGAACCAAGUGUUCCAGAAGAACGGAUCCGCCUAUCCGUUCAAUGACCUCAUUUACCUCGAUUCAAAUGGAAUCCAGCACGUCAACGAGACAAAGUACGAACAAGUAGGGCUCGCCUACUCCGGCGCUCAGUAUACUUGGCAAAUGUUCAUGUGGGUCGCCUCAUAUAUGUCCUCCUAUGUCUGGUGUGCGUUCUUUCUGGGCCCGAAGAUCUACAAGAUCUGGAAGGCAAGGAAGCAGGCCGGGAACUACCACCAGGACCGAUUGAGCCGCAUCAUCCAGCAAUAUCCCGGCCUGGGUAAAAGGGAAUGGACGGCACUGACCCUGAUCCCGAUAAUCAUGCUUCUCGGCGUCGUCGUAUCCGGGAGAAUCUACAUGCCCAUCUGGACCUACUUUGUGGCCCUGGGCUUCGGUGCCGCCGCGAUGCUCCCCAUGAGCUUCGUCUACGCGUUGUCCGGGUUCUCCAUCAAGGUCGGGUUCUUCAACGAGCUCAUAUACGGUUACAUGAUUGACGCAAAGGGCUCCUCCCGGCACCCGCUGGGCCAACUCGCGUAUCGAAUCAUCUCGGGGAACGUCUGGUAUGAUGCGCGCAUCGUCCUCGAGGACCAAAAGAUUGGGCAUUACUUGCAUAUUCCGCCGCGGCAGGUCAUUGGGAUCCAGAUCGUGGCGAAUGUGCUUGCGCUGCCGAUCAACUAUGGAGUCAUGCGCUGGGUCCUCGCAACGAAAUUCGACUAUGUCAGCGGCAAGAAAAAGGACCCGCUCGGUCAAUGGACGGGGCAGGAAUUCCAGUCAUACAAUACAGCCGGCAUCCAGUAUGCGCUCAUCGGACCCAAGAGACUCUUCGCAAGCGACUUCUUCAAACCCAUCCUCUUGGGCUUCCUCGCGGGCGGCCCAGUCCUCCUCUGGACCCUCCAUAAGAAAUUCCCCCGCACCCGAUUCGACCUGUGGAAUACCACCAUCUUCUUCGCGUCCGCGGCGACAUUCUAUGGGAACCUGAGCACGGGGCCCUUCACGACGUUCCUGGUGGGGACAUUCACGAACUUUUACCUGUACCGCUACCGCCGCGUCUUCUGGAACAAGUGGGCGUAUAUCAGCGGCGCGGCGCUGGAUACGGGAUUUAAUGCAAAUCUGCUGUUUAUUUUUAUCUUUCUGGGCACAACGGGGGUCAAAAUGGUGUAUUGGUGGGGGAAUAAUGCGGAUAGUGUGGAGCGGUGCUUUGCGCUGUAG